GCUGGUGUGGAGCGGCUUCCCCACCCUUCCUGCGUGAGCAGGGCUCCCUACACCGAGGAAUGCAGGAGUCACUGGCCGGGGAGCCAGCACCGCGCCAGCAAGGAGCCCCAAGCCACGGUGAGCCACGGGCCCGUCACGGCGGGAACGGCCACAUGGGAACAGCCCCAGCAGGCGGCACCCCUCACCACGUCGGUGCUGCCCCGGGGCCAGGCCACACACAGGGGCCCUGAAAUCACAGACGGGGCAAAGCACGUGCUGGGUUCAACCCCAAUUCCCAGCACAGGGCCGGUAAGGGUUAACUGGCAGCGGUGAGCUCAGCUUGGGGCCAGUAAAUGGAGCAACUCUUGGCCUCAGGGAGUGUUUGGGACUGGCUGGGUGGUGCUGCCAAGCCAGCUGGGGCAGUCAUGGUGUGGAAAGUACCAGCAUCGCCGAGCUGUGCCGCGGGGCAGUGCACAGGUGAGCUGGACAUGGGGCCUGACCCUGGCCCACAGCACCAGAGCAGCCCAGUGUGAGGGCUCAGCCCUGCCAAGGGACAUGGGCAUGGAGAAUGCCGAAGGCUGGGGCUUGCCACAGGGCUGAGCAUCCCCGUGUGGCUCCCAAGACCUGCUGCAGAGUGUCCCUGUCCCAACUCCUCCAUCUGCUGCUGAGCAUCCCUGUCCCAGCUCCUCCAUCUGCUGCUGAGCAUCCCUGUCCCAGCUCCUCCAUCCGCUGCUGAGCAUCCCUGUCCUAACUCCUGCCCUCCGAUCCCAGCAGGUUUCAGCCCCUCUCUUCCUCCCCUCCAGCUGUCCCAGUCUCCUCCAGCCACACUGCUUGUCUCCUCCACUGUGCUGAGCAUGACCCAGGGUGUGCUGCCCCUGUUGCUGCUGUGCCACAGUGUCCCCAUGCAGUGAGCCAUGGCCUGGAGCACGAGCCAGGUCUCUGCACUGAAUUUCAGCAGUGCCACCAGCACCAGCGUGAGCUUGGUGGGUGCCACGGUCCCCAGAUGGCUGCAUCCCCGUGCCCGCUUGCUGAGGGGGCAGGACCAGAAGAGGGAUCUGCUGGAGCUUAAGCCCAUGGUCAAACCACACCUUUAAGCUCUUCCAAUUGCCCUGAGUCCUGCCCCAAGACCAAAAUCCUUUCAGGACCUGCAUGGGGCCAAGUUGGCACUUCCAUGCAGCCACGGUGCUCAGCCAUGUUCCUGCAGGGUCACAGGCAGCCUUUUCCCACCAGGCACACUCAUCCCGCCAGUACCCACAUCAGGGUACCAGACACUGGGCACCAUGGGGUCCACAGCCCCCCUGAUCCCUGCUCUGCUGCUCCGGGUGCCCCAAGGGUGUGCUGGUGCCUCCUGCCUACGGUGCCUGCAGUGACCCCCCGGCCCAGGUCCGGCUGGAUGGGAGGCCAUACCAUGGCGAUGCUUAAUUACCAGGUAGGGAGUGGAGCAGGGCGGCAUCGCUCACGCACAGCUUGGAGCCACUCAGUCAUCCCAAAGGCAUCCGCCCCACAGGGAGGAGCACCCUGGCCCAGCAUGUAAAAGCAGCCCCGCACGGCCGGCUGCCUUGUCGCCUCGGAGCCUCCUCUGCUCCCGCUCCUCCUCACCACCCAGCACGGCUGCAGCGUCAUGGCAGGGCACGGCGCCAGCCUGCUCCUGCUCCUGGGUCUCAUGCCAGCUCUCCUCCUGGCUGUCAGGAUCAACAGCAAGGGCCGGGAAGUGCUGUACCUGGCCAAGGGUGACUCGGUGAAGCUGGGCUGCCCCUAUGUCCUCGAGCCUGAAGACAACGGUCCCCAGGGUGUGGGCAUCGAGUGGAUCCAGAUCACGCCCGAGCGGCCUGGACCGGAGAAUGUGUUCCUGUCUUACCACGACCACCACGUCAACUACGGCAGUGGCUCAGGGCUGCAGGACCGGGUAGCCUUCGUGCAGAACGACCCCAGCCAGUACGACGCCUCCAUCCGCCUGGCCGACCUGCAGGUGUCCGACACUGGCACCUACCAGUGCCGGGUGAAGAAAAAUACCGUGGCCGUGCACGAGGUCAUCGUCACUGUGCAAGAGAAGCCAGCCACCCCGCAGUGCUGGACCGAGGGGGAGGUGAUAGAGGGGAGCAGCAUCCUGCUGCGGUGCUACAGCCGGGGAGGCACCUCCCCGCUUGCCUACCAGUGGGCCAAGCUGGCUGAUGGCUACGGCGGGGGACGCCUGCCCUCCGGCACCAUCCAAGGACGUGCUCCUGGCGACCUGUUAAUCCGUAGCCUGUCGGAGGUGCAUGCCGGCAUCUACCAGUGCCGCGUCACCAACCGCGUGGGCUACUCUGUGUGCCAGCUCAACCUCAGUCUUGUGCCAAGCUGUGCUCCUGCGGCAGGAGGAAGGCAGGCGGGCAUCAUCGUGGGCUCUAUCCUGGGGUCCCUCCUGCUUCUCAGCCUGCUCGGGCUCCUCAUCUGGGCACUGAUCUGCCGCUACCGCCGGAAGGAGUGCCAGCGAGCCUGCAGCGACUGCAGGAGCAGCACAGGUGGCACCAUGACCCGCACCUGCAAUGUCUGUGCCCACCACAGCUACUCACCCCACGGCAUCAGCUACAUGCAGUGCCAGCACAGCGACGGCGACGAGCGGGCAGCUGCCCUCAUGUGCAACGAGGGCAUCCGGCACCAGGUCGCCUGCCCGGCGCUGUAACCCCCCGCUGGCCCCGUGCCCACCCCCGAUUCGGCUCCACAGGGGGAGUGACCGCGAGCCCAGAGCCGGCAGCACCGCCGGGAUCCGGUGCCAAGCGGCGCAGGGCUCUGCUGCCGGGGCUCGCCGUGCAAAUUGAAGUCAGGAAUCCAGCUCCUUCCUCCCCCCCGAAACAGCCCCGGGCUUCCAGCAAACUUCGUUUGGGUUCAUCAGUCUGUUUUGUUGGUUUUCUUUUUUUUUUGGCCUCUUUUUUGUAUGUCCCCCCCACCCCCAGCCACAGCCCGGCUCUCGGGGCGGCUCCCGGCCCCGCUCCUGGAGGCAUCCCUCGCUAGUGCAGCAAUAUUUAUUUCUCUCCGGCCCGUCCCCUCGGCGUCGAGCAGGGACGUGGCAGCCCCGAAUUGCCCAAACUGGCUGCCGGGCAGCCUCCUGCCUCUGGCCCGGCGCCACCGGCGCCCCCGCAUUGACUUUAGCAAUUGGGUGUUAUUCGAGACGAGAUGCCAUUGGCACCAGGAUUUGCAGUUUGGAACAAGAAAAAAAUGAAAAGAAAUAAACUAAAGUGAAUUCA